GCAUUCGCUGAGGAAACGAGUCGAAUCGAAUCCCGGUACCACGAUCGAGUUACCAGGCUCUCGCAAGGCCGUGAGGCUAUUGGGACGUCUGGUGGGAGCGCGUGAUUGCUCGUUCCGCACGGAUUUCCCGAAACACCCCCAAAACGGCAACCCGUCGUCGUUGUGGUGUUGCCGGGGCCCCGCCGUUAGCCGCGAGAGAUCGCGAGAAGGGAACUUGGCAGAAUCGGCGGGGCGAUCGCCCAGAGGAUCGGCCUCCUCGUGCGCGACCGGCUCCACCACCACCACCUACGCCGCUUACUGGCGGCCCAGUGAAAUGGAGGAGAAGUCCUCGGCUCGGUUCUCCGAGUACUUGUUCGCCAAGAUGGAUGGCCAGGACGUGUCGGCCUCUCAGGGUCCCCGUAAGGUGACCGCCGACACCAGAAAGUUCGUGCGAGAGAAUCUUCUUCUCGUGGUUACCCUUUCCGGUGUCUUGUUCGGCGUGAUACUCGGGUUCGGUUUACGACCCUUGGGCCUCGGCGAUGACGCAAUUAUGUUAAUCAGUUAUCCUGGAGAGCUCUUCAUGAGGUUGUUAAAGUUAAUGAUCCUACCGCUGGUGAUUGCCAGUCUUAUAUCAGGCUCGGCGAGCCUGAACGCAAGAAUGAACGGGAUGAUCGCCGUCCGAACUUUGGUGUACUUUAUACUCUCGUCAUUGCUGAACGCUGUCCUUGGUGUUGUCCUGGUUCUGCUCAUUCAUCCGGGUAAUCCUGGAAUUAGAAAAUCGAUCGCGACCUCGCACAGCGGGAGAGCCGUUAACAUCUUGGACAGCCUUCUCGAUUUGGGAAGAAAUAUGUUUCCGGAUAAUAUUUUCCAAGCAGCCUUUCAACAGGCGCACACGGUAUACGUUCCAAAAACGCCGCCCUUUCGAAAUCUCACCGACUCGAUAUCCUCGGAUGUCCUCGGGGACGAGGAAUUGAUGAGAGUAACGCAAUACAGAAGCGGCACCAACACGUUGGGAAUCGUGUUCUUCUGCCUGGUGUUUGGUACAUUCCUAGGUACGCUCGGCGAGAAAGGUCAAAUAGUAAUCGACUUCUUCAAAGCUGUGUUCGAAGUCAUCAUGAGGAUGGUGUCGACCGUGAUGUGGAUGACACCGGUUGGCAUCACUUCCGUGAUAGCUGGGAAAAUACUGGGCGUCGCUGACUUGGCACUGGUGAUGUCGCAGCUAGCCUGGUUCAUCGUCACGAUCGUGAUCGGUGUGUUUUUCUAUCAGCUGGUGAUCAUGCAGCUGAUCUAUUUGGCCUUCGUGAGAAAGAACCCCUUUAAAUUCUACGCCGGCCUCGCCCAGGGUACUCUCACCGCCUUCGCCAUGGCAUCAACGGCCGCCGCACUUCCGGUCACAUUUCGUCUGAUGACGGACAAGCUUCGGGUCGACCCGAGGGUCACCAGGUUCGUUCUACCGAUCGGUUGCAACAUUAACAUGGACGGGACAGCGCUGUUCGUCGCUGUGGCCAGCAUAUUUAUCGCGCAGAUGCAUGGCAUCGUCUUGGGCUUCGGUGAAAUUAUAACCGUUAUUUUGACUUCUACCGCUGCGUCCGUGUCAUCGGCGUCAGUUCCAAGCGCCGCUCUGGUCCUCCUUCUCGUCGUUCUGAGCGCCAUCGAUGCUCCGGUCUACAACGUCUCGCUGCUCUUCACCAUCGAUUGGUUCGUAGAUCGUAUUCGAACCACGAAUAACAUGUUGGGCGAUUGUUACGCCGCUGCUGUGGUCGAGCAACUGUCGAAGAAGGAAUUGAUGGCGUUGGACGCGGCAGCUUAUCAAUCGGAGACCGUUUUGCCGACAACCAUCGCAAACGGAUGCAUUUCCGCCAACAGGGUACCUGAUCCUGAUACCAUCGUCGUCGAGAUGCAAGACGACUCGAGGAUAGCCGGCGUCGCCAACAUCAGCGUAUUGCAGAUACCGAGGAGCGUGACGGAAGAGACAGUUUGACCUGUGGUUCACUCCGAAAGUUAGUUUAGCUAUAAAUACACCAUCGAGUGCGAUGCGUUCAACAACGGGGAUCAAAGAAACAAUACACCGGCUACACACGAGUGUCAUCCUUUUUGUCGCACCAUGUUUUCUACUCUCGCAGAAUACGUUAACACGUAAGGGAUAAAAUGUCAUUGCAACCUUAACCGAUAUCAAACUUACAGUCAAUAUGAAAGGGUGCGUUAUGCGAUUACCGGGACACGUUUGGACGCUAUCAUCGGCUAGGAUUAACUGACGGCGAGGAGCGUAAACUACUAUAUAGGCUUUCGUAGUGGCUUGCUCGAGCUGAAAAGCGAAAAUCGCGAAAUCACCGAUUCGAUUGCACUCUGGAGUAUUAACGAUCGCGUGAACAGCGUCGGAUGUGGUGCCUUAUUUUAACGCGGUGUAUAAAUGGCCGCGAAACAGUAGAAAAAUGCUCUUUUCGUUUGCCAAGCAUAGAGCAGCGUUGACUCAUUGCCUGGUAAAUAUAUCUUCCGUGACCGAUCGUUGUACUGCCACAAAAUCUUUUGUACAGUGUGAAUUUUACGAGUCAAUGAAACGAUUUUACGAACCAUUAACCUAACCUUUUUCAUUAUCAGACAAUGAGUGAGACUUUGCACGGCGCCACGAUGACUUUGUGACGCUUGAUCGAUGUCCCUUCUAUAUGUAAUAUAUAUACCGGAUUUUGAUCGAUUGUUGACAAUUACGUGGAAGAAUAUCGGAACGUUAGUAAUGUUAUAAUGCCACAUUUGGUGUAGCGUUAGGAACGUUGUGAUACGAAUCGAUUAGCACGAGUCACCAAUAUAGUAAUCACAAACGUAUAUCAAGUCAUCGGUUAACGUUUGAUAGAUAUAACGUCGUUGAAACACUACCAACACGUAGACGAAACAUUUCGAAUGAAAGUGUAGGUUCCUUGUAGCUUCUACCGUACUGAAUUUCACUUUUGGACCAUCGACAAACGCUAGAUCGGUGCACAGAAAUCUCGGCUGACGAGAGAGAUCCGCCAUAUACGAUCGACGACAUAUUUGCCCGAGAUAUCUGAUGAAGGUAUCGCAUCUACGAUAAUUCUGCCUCUGUGUUUUCCGAUUUACCCGUAGGCCAACUUACAUUUCAAGUUAAAGUUGUCGACUUUGUAAACACGUCUGAAAAAGUAAAAGCGGAAAAAGCAAAAAAAUGGAAAAAAACCACGAGAAAACGAAGAAAAAAGAAAGAAGACAUAGCGCUCGCCAAGGAGCAAUUUCAAGACUGGACAUGCCAUUUGAAUUACCAUGUAUUCAAUCGUUAUAGGAGAAUUCUGAAAAGGGUUCACUAAUUUUAGGCACUAGAGACGUAGGUCGAUACGUGUUCUCUCGUAGAGACUGUUUAAAUGUACAAAUUAACUGGAUAAAUAGUGCUUGGUAGUGAGCUCUACGUCGCUUCAGAACCACGCUCGGUUUCAUCUCGAGGGACUUGGUAUAAUUUUCGCAGCUUCGUCGCUCUCUUUUCGUCCAGAGGAUUUUGCUUUCUUAGCUUUCUCCCCCGGUUGUUGCGUUCUUGUUGCGUCGGCCCCUUUACUUUCCAGUUUCGCCGUAGUACCAGUGUUCGCGUACCCCUCCGUUCAUAAUUUACGUUUCGAUAGCGUAUACGAAAAGGCGCUUUGUUUGUAGUCUGAUAACCCGAAGAGGAGAAUAGAGAAAGAAUUUAUCAAAAUACUUCAAAGACUACGUGUGAAUAUACUUAUAAGGC